AUGACUCACGACAGCGUACCACACACACAAGCCAACGGCACCCAUAAGUCAUCCUUGACCUUCAGCGAGGUUGAUGAGGUGUAUGUCGUCCGUCAGGGAUGGCAAAAGGCCGAGCCGACGCCAGUCCACCAAUACGGAAACCGCGGAGACAUUUUCAUCGCCCACCAUCGUACACCACCAUCCGGCAACUUGUUGGAAGUGGCCACCUGGCUGGAGGUCUUGGAUGAGGGGAUCCUCAAGCUACUGAAGGACCAGUUUCCGCGCAAUGCGAGCCUGUACGACCGCAAACCUGGGGUGUUCCUGAACCAAGUCGACCUGGUGGCCAAAGGAGAGAAGGCUGGGGCAGCGACAUAUGAGGCGUUCAAGAAGAUGCUCGACUUUGUACUCGAUCGCUUUACCUUGUUUGAAGACUGCAUCCAGGAGCUGCCGAAGGGCACCAUUCGAUGGCAACUGCUCUGGUUGAUCAUGUCUGCGGGGACCGAGAUCGAGACCCAGGAUGACUUGACGGGUGAGAUGCUGGCGUACAAUGUUGAUUCGUGGCAAUACACUAUGGACGAUCGCGGACGGGCUUUCGUUAUCAACGGACACUUUUACCAGUGGUCUGGUAUGUCGUUCGCCAAGGUCAACGUUUCCAAAAAGAUUCCCGAGUUUCGGGAGGUAAAGCCCAUCGACGAGCUGGAAUUCUGGCCGCUCUCUGAUUCCCGUCGGCCAGUCCUACGAGAGCGCGGGCAGCGCUAUGCGCGCCAAUACGCCAGGCUCGUCAACACCGAGUACGAGGGGUCCUUUUUCAGCCGCGCACUGGCAGGGUCUGCACGAGUGCCGGGCACUGGACGAGUAAUGAUCGAUGUGGCCAGUUACCGGAGGGCCAACCCAACGUUCGAUAUCUGGCCCGAUGACGUGAACCGCAUGGUUUCCAACAAUGGAGGGGGGGUGGGAAACAGUCCCGACCCCGACCCGGAUGCCCUCUCCCCCGAGUUGUACCAUCUGCUACCACCAUCUAUCCAUGGAUUCUCUCUCAAGGCCAAGCGGUGGGGGGAAUUUCUCGUGGACAACCUCGCCCCAAUCCGUUGGAGCUCGGCAGCGUUUGACCACCUCGUCAUCCCCGACACACACCGUAGGGUUGUGCGAAGCCUCGUUGACGUCCACACUGGCGCUCUAGGGUCCAAACUCAUCAACGAUGUUGUGGCCAACAAGGGUGAGGGGUUGAUCAUUGCCUUACAUGGCCGGCCAGGAACAGGCAAGACUCUCACUGCCGAAGCCGUGUCCGAGCACCUGCAAGUGCCCCUCUAUGUCGUCAGCGCAGGUGAACUUGGAACGACCGUCAUUGCCCUUGAACGCAAGCUCAGUGAGGUACUCGCAUUGGCGACGGUCUGGAAAGCAGUGCUGCUCAUUGACGAAGCCGACAUCUUUCUCGAGAAGCGCUCGCCAUCCAACAUUGAACGCAACGCCCUCGUCGGCGUCUUCCUCAGACUACUCGAGUACUACUCUGGGGUGAUGCUUUUGACGACCAACCGCCUAGAAGACUUUGACGAGGCCUUUGCGUCACGCUUCUCUUUGACAUUGCGGUUUGACGACCUUGGGCAAAAGGCGCGUGCGGUGUUGUGGGCCAAGUUUCUCCAGCUGUGCUGCCCAGAGUGGGCACCACAGCAAGUUGCCCAGGUAUUUGACUUGGAUGCACUCGGCGCUCACGUGGUGAAUGGCCGCGUGAUCAAGCAGACAGUGCGCACCGCUCAGGCACUGGCGCUCGCUGAGAAUGUCCCUCUGGCCAUGACUCAUCUGAAAAUUGUCUUGUCGCUGUAA